AUGGCAACGGGCAAGAAGAAAGAGUUUCUCUGCAUCCUACCUGAUCGACCCAAUAUUCUGAAUCUCAGGAAACAAGUUAAAUAUGGGCACUAUGAAGGAAUCCAACCCUUGAUCGCCCAGGGAAAGCUCGUGGACGGGGGUGCAAUUUUCGAACAGCAUCCAGAAGAAGGCAAAGACGCACAGUUUGUGGGAAGUGUGGUAGUAUACAAGGCUGAAAAUGUCGAAGAGGUCAGGGAGAUCAUCAAUAAGGAUAUCUAUGCCACGAGCGGUGUUUGGGACCUUGAGAAAGUCCAGAUUAUCCCCUAUGUGCCCGCUGUUCGGCAACCUCUGCCGAAUUGA